ACUUUACAUUAAAGAGAAAAGGAUAGAAUGGAAAUGUCUUUGCCAUUUUCUACAAAAAAGCAAAUCGUGUUAGUGUAUCAUACUUAUUCCGAAGCGAAAUAAAAGCAAGAACCAAGUAUCCAGAUAAGGAGGCAAGAAAAGGGUUGCACAUAGUUACGCGUAACUCGGAGUUUUUAACGUAAAUUAUAUGUUUUUUUACAUUUGGUAAUUUGGUAAAAGUACGCAACUUGAAAUUUAACAGAAAAGGUUAAUUUCGUUAAUUUCUGAAUUGGUUUAUUUUUCCUUUACAUUCUGAAUAAGCGCAUGUUUUUGCUUUGUUUUUGGAAUCUGUAUGACAUUGCAGAUUGCACCGAUUGCACUAAACCGACGAAAUGAUAUUUUUAUCCUGUUCUUUCUCUUUUAAGUUUACGAUUUAUUGUUUUUGUUUUCACUCUAUCUAAAUUUUAAAGUAAUAAAACUUUCACUGCUGAUAAAAAACUUCAAACCACUGUGCAGGAAUCGACUUAUUUACUCUACACUCAUAAGCUAUAUUCAGACGGAAGUGGCGCAAGUGAACCAAUUUUACUGUCAGCCUGGAACUCAAAUUUUUUGACCCAACCAAAACAGAAUUUGUUUCCCGAUAAGCUGGGCGGAGGAUUCAAAGGUCACCGAUUACUUAUUUCAACAGCGCACAAGCCUCCGUUUACAAUGCGAAAAUCAAUUCAGGGAAUCUAUGAUACAGAAUGGGAUGGAAUUGACAUCCGAGUUUUACGAUUGCUUGGUGAAAAUCUAGGUUUUGCUGCAGAAUUUCGAGAUCCUGCAUCAUCAAUGCCCAGUGAAACCGAGUCCAUAAUAAAUGACAUUUCUGAAGAUGAGGCACCUGUUGCAGUGGGUGGAGUUUAUCAAACGUCAGAUCUAUUGGCACAUUUUGAUACCCCUUUCUCAUACCUGUCAGACUGCGCUUCUUUUAUAUCCUUAUCAUCUACAGCCUUACCCAAGUACCGAGCUGUACUCAGACCAUUCCAAGAUACAGUCUGGAUACUUUUGUGUGUGGUUUAUAUCAUAGCUAUAAUUCCAUUUACACUAAACAGCGAUUACACUUUCCUGUCGUUGAUUAAGCAUCCAUCAGGAUUAAACCAUAUGUUUUGGUUCGUAUUUUGCACGUUUACUAACGCAUUUGACAUGAAAAAUCCACUGCUGACUAGAGGUCUGGGAAAACAUCCAACUUCAAUUCUUAUUGGAAUUUACUGGAUAUUUACAAUUAUCAUUACAACGUGUUAUACAGGUUCUCUCAUCGCUUUUAUAACCAUACCAGAUUACCCUCCUGCUAUUGAAAGUGCUCAACAACUUUUAAAAAAACAUUAUAGAAUUAGUACUUUAGAUCAUGAUGGAUGGGAAAAAUGGUUUACAUCUGAAAAUAUGGAGGAUCAAAUAGCCAAAAAUUUACUGAAAUCUGUCGAAUUAGUUCCUAGUGUUUCUGAAGGCGUAAAAAAUGCAAGUCGAGCUUUCUUCUGGCCGUAUGCUUUUUUAGGUUCACGUACUGCUCUUGAAUAUUCCGUGCAGACGGAGUUAUCACCAAAUUGGAAGAGCAAAAGGUCACUCAUGCAUAUUAGUGAUGAAUGUUUCGUGCGAUUUGGGGUCACUAUUGUUUUGAAAUCUCAGUCUUUCUACACUGAGCCAUUCAAUAAAGUAAUUCUUCGAGCAAAACAAAGUGGAUUGAUUCGUAAGAUUCAGAGAGACAUUGAAUGGGAUGUGCAAAGGUCAAGCACGGGAAGAUUCCUGCAGGUGAUUAAAGGAUACACUUCUUCUCUGCCGAUCGAAGAAAGAGAAUUGGUCUUGGAUGAUACACAGGGAAUGUUUUUGGUCCUGAGUUCCGGCUUUUUAAUUGCAAUACUUUCACUUUUGUCGGAGUAUUUUUGUCACCUAAUUAUGACAGAUUGUGGUAAAAAAUUAAAAGUCGAAAUCAUUCAAGAUUUUGAUGAAAAGAAAGAUUGGUCGCCAAAUUUAACAGAUGAUAUGAUUAUGUCAAUUAGAUCCAUUACAGCCAGGAAAAGUAUAUAAGUAGGCAUUAAAA